AUGUGCAGAACAGCACGAGGAUCCGAUAUUAAAAUGGACGCACGUCCAGAGGAACCACUGUCCCUCCUGACCAGUGCCCCCCGCCCUGCUGCAUCCUUCAGUUUGAAGUGUGACGACAUCAAAGCUCCUUCACGAGUUUCCAGGCCCCUUCCAUGGCUGCGUUUCGUGGCUUUGAGAGGAUGUUUCGUGGAGUUGCAGGCAGAGGGGUUGUCUGUUAUCUUUGCCACGGAUGAUGUGAAGAAAUGGCACUUACCUGGGUCAGAGCUGUCGGCGUGUCGCAUCGUUCACACCUGA